CAACCUUUAUUUCCAUUCUCCUUUUAAAGGAACAGUAACUACAAUGUCAUUUGCAGCUUCAGCACAAAACAUCUGGCUGGAAGAUGGCCACAUUCUCGUCGCCUCCGUUCAAGAUAGAGAAGGCAACUGGCAAGAAUCUCGGAUUGACCUCGACGAGUUCAUCGGCAACGAAGAUGGCUGGUUCAUGUGGGAUGGUGUUAACUUUUCCCACUCUGCCAACGGUAUCCAGCUAGACGGUACCCAUUUGACUGCCGAGUUGCCGAUGCGAGAUGGAGGAUACCGCGAACGCCAAGGUAUCGAAUUGAACGAUCGAAUUUCCAACAUCGACGGCCAAUUGGUGUUUAACUGAUUAUGGAACAUUCAAAUGGUGGGGUAAACAUGGCACAUCAACAUUGACUAGGCCUAUGGCACUGUGAAAUUCCUGAAACUCCUUUUUACGAAGGAAGGAGGUAGUUUAGGUAACUCAGAUGUCUAAUUGAUCAAUAAACCUCACUGGCAUGAAAUC